AGAGAUACAAUUAGUAAUGAAUUAAGUGACAGUGAAGAAAUAACAGACUACAUAUCAGAAAAUCUUUUGUCUUUAAAAAAAAGCAAAAGAAAUACCAGAACAGUACUCAAAAAUCAAGAUUAUCAAGAAGAUCAAGAAUCUUCCUUAAAAUUUAUAUUGCAACAGCUCCAACACUUAGAAAAGGAACUCAUUAAUAUAUGCAGAAGUAGAAAUGAAAAUGCUAAUAUUUAUGAAAGCAAAAGUGAUGAAUUGUCUGCCAGAAGACAA